GAUGACUAUUGGAUAUACGUAAGCACAUGUCUUAGAUCCUUUAGAUAUUUUUUCUAAUAAAAAGUCAAAGUUAUUGUUACAAAAUGGGUAAAGUAAGAAAGAAGCCUUCUACCCCUAGAACCCCUACGGGGAUUAAUAAAUCCCAACAUAGUAUGAAUCCAGAAAGAACCGAAGGAUCAGGAGGUCAAAAUAUGAGAGACAAAGCCACCAUAAAGAGACUUCAGAUGUAUAAAGGUGGAAAAGCAAAGAGGGACUCUAAAGGAAAGGUUGUCAGACCAGCGUUGUUCCAAUCCAAAUUAACACCUGGAACAGUUGCAAGAGUGGAACCAAAUAGAAAAUGGUUUGGAAAUACUCGUGUUAUAAGUCAGAAUGCUUUACAAACCUUUAAAGAUGAGAUGGAUAAAGUUAAAAAAGAUCCUUAUAAAGUUGUCAUGAGACAAACAAAAGUACCAGUAACACUAUUAAAUGAGACAGCAAAGUUUAAACGAGUGCAUAUAUUGGAAACAGAAAGUUUUGAGAAUACAUUCGGACCAAGGAAGCAAAGAAAACGACCUAAUCUGAACAUUUCAGAUAUGGAUGAAUUGCUAAAGAGUGCUAAAGAAUCUGUAGACAAAUAUAAAGCCGAUGACGAUCGAGAUAUUGUUAAAGAAGAGACUGGAGUCAGAGAUGAACCAAUGCAGCCUAUUUUUAAAGCUGGCCAAUCUAAAAGAAUCUGGAACGAACUCUACAAAGUUGUCGACUCAUCUGAUAUUGUUGUUCAAGUUUUAGACGCCCGUGAUCCAAUUGGUACCAGGAGUAGGCAUAUUGAGGAAUACUUGAAAAAAGAGAAAGGCUACAAGCAAUUGUUUUUUGUAUUAAACAAGUGUGAUCUUGUACCUACUUGGGUUACACAAAAGUGGGUCGCCAUUCUAUCUGAAAGCUAUCCAACUUUGGCUUUUCGUGCGAGUAUAACUAAUCCAUUCGGAAAAGGGGCAAUGAUAAACUUACUGCGACAGUUUUCAAAAUUGCAUGCUGACAAACGCCAAAUAAGUGUGGGUUUCAUCGGAUAUCCAAAUGUCGGGAAAAGUUCAAUUAUUAAUGCCUUAAGAGAGAAGAAAGUUUGCAAAGUAGCUCCAAUUGCUGGUGAAACUAAGGUGUGGCAAUAUGUAACUUUAAUGAGAAGAAUAUAUUUAAUUGAUUGCCCUGGUGUUGUUUACCCCACUGGAGAUACUGAAACUGAAAUAGUGCUGAAAGGAGUUGUCAGAGUAGAAAAUGUUCAUAUGCCUGAACAACAUAUUGAUGAAAUUUUAACUAGAGCAAAAAAAGACUACCUUGAAAAGUUGUAUAAAGUAAAGGACUGGAGAGACUCGGAGCAUUUCUUAGAAAUGAUAGCAUUUAGAAGUGGAAAGCUUCUGAAAGGCGGUAACCCUGAUUAUAGCACUGUUGCGAAAAUGGUUCUGAAUGAUUGGCAACGGGGAAAAAUCCCUUACUUCGUUAAACCACCCGAAAGCGAAAGAGAUACAAAACUCAAAGAAGAGAAAACUAAAACGAUAAAUAAGCUAAAUGUCAAACAAGAUUACAGAAAAAUCGACGUAGAGCCUACAUUUUCUGGAGAUGAUGUUAAGCAAAUCGAAGAAAUCGAUCCUGUGAAAGAAAGUGAUGAAGAAUUUAGUGACGAAAAUGAUGAUGGCGAUACUGAAGAAAUAGAGAGGGAAAUGGCUAAGAAAGCCGAUAGCCAAAUUGAAGAUAAGGAUGUAGAGAAAUUCUUUGAAAUGUUACAGGCUGGUGUUGAAAAGGAAAGUUCAAUCACAAAACCGGAAAAAGCAACCACUGAAGAACCAGCUAAUGAAGAAAAGUUAAUAGAGAUAAAAAAAUCAAUUGACGAAAUUGAGAAAUCUAAAAAACUAAACAAAAAAGAAAAAUUAUCAGAUAAUUUAAAAUCAGUAACAAAAUCCUCUUCAGGCGCCUGGAGCGUUAAAUCAGUUCCUAGCAAAACCCCUUCAAGUACGCUAAAAAUAGAGAAAAUUUCUUUUUCAGCUCAAAAAAUAUCUAAGAAGAAUAAAAAUACAACAACAAAGAGGAAAAAAUCAAAGGAAAUUGAUGAAGAGGAAGAAAUUCCCAAAAAGCUAAGCGGAAGAGAGAAAAGGAAGUUAUAUAAUCAACAAAAAGUUAGAAAAAUUGGUGUACAUUAUUAUGAUGAAGCUAAUGUGAAAAAUCGAAGCUUGAAAAAUGCCGGAAGAGACAAUGUUAAUAUAAUAAAUUGGGCAUUUCGAUCUCAAUUAGUUAGGAAAGAUAAUCAACAUUGGCCACAGUAUAUUUUACCAUUAAAAUAUCUUGAUCAAUGUAAAAUAACUUAUAAUAUAGAUAUAUUUAUAGAAGGUAUUGAAGAAACAUUAAACGAUCAUCCGUAUGUUCUUAAAACGAUAAAGAAUGAAUAUGGAUUACUUGUAUUCUGUGAUAGGAACGAAUUUGCUAAGUCUACUUUUAAAGAAAUUGACAAUGGAAUAAGCAGAGCAAUAAAUCAGAAUGCGCUAUUUUCAUUUAAAGAGAGCCAAGGUGCUUUAAAUAAGAUAGACAAUGAUAAGGUACUUAUUGAAUACAGUUCGCCAAAUAUUGCAAAACCUUUUCACGCCGGUCAUUUAAGAUCAACAGUUCUGGGAAACUGUAUUUCAAACCUCUACGAAUAUUUAGGCCAUCAAGUACUAAGAGUAAAUUAUCUAGGAGAUUGGGGAACUCAGUUUGGACUACUAAUACUUGGGAUUGAAUUGUAUAGAUUUGAUUUAAAUAGCUCUGUUAACAUCAUGGAAGACUUAUAUAAAAUUUACGUUCAAAUAAACAAAGAUUGCGAACAAGAUCCGCAUUUAAAAAGUUUAGCUUUAGAAAAAGCCGCAAAUUUAGAACAAGGAAAUAAUUAUGAAGUUAAUAUUUGGAAAGAAAUUAGAGAAAGAAGUUUACAUGAAUAUAAUUUAUCUUAUUCAAAGUUGAAUAUUAAAUUCGACUUGACUGAAGGAGAAUCUGAUUAUGUUAAAAAAAGUAAGGAUCUUAGUCAAACUUUGAUUGAUAAAAACCUUUUAAUUAAGAAUGAAACGAGUGGUUUAUUCAAUAUGGAACUUUCUACAACAAAUAAAGACACGUCAUAUGCUACUCUAUUGAAAAGUGAUGGAAGUAGUCUAUAUUUAACAAGAGAUUUGGCAGCUCUACUACAUCGUAAACAAUUUCAUGACUUUAAUAGGAUUCAUUAUGUUGUUGAAAAUGGACAACAUGGCCACUUUGCCAAAUUGAAAGGAUGCAUUGAAAAAUUAAAUUUAGACUGGAAGGACGUUGUAAAUAACUCAAAUUUUCAUGUUAAAUUUGGUCGAGUAGAUAAAAUGAGUACAAGGAAAGGUACUGCAGUAUUUCUUCAAGAUAUUAUUGAUGAAGCUACGGAUAAGAUGAAGACUGUUAUUCGGGAAACAAAAACAACUAAAAUUCAAGAUGAUUUAUUAAACAGUGUUGCCGAACAAUUGGCUAUUAGUGCCCUAGUUUUUCAGGACUUACGCCAGAAAAGAAUACGUAAUUACGAAUUCGAUUGGAAUAGAGUUUUACAAUUUCAAGGCAACACCGGUGUUUAUCUUCAGUACACUCAUGCUAGAUUAUGUAGUCUGGAACGAAAAUUCCCUGAAUUGGUUGAUCUCCCUCUUCCCAAAUAUAUUACCGGUUUAGAUCAUCCAGCUGCUGAUCGUUUGAUUCAAACAUUUGUUAAUUUUGAGCAUGCAAUUUACGAAGCUUACAACAAUCUUGAUCCACAUUACGUUGCAUCCUAUUUGCAUAGCUUGUGCAAAGCAACUAACGCAGCCUAUGAUCAAAUUAAAGUUAUUAAUGCUUCAUCAGAUGAUGAAAGACAUUGUCAGUACUAUCUCUUUAAAUCUGCGAAGAAAGUUUUAAGCGAAGGUCUUAAAUUAAUUGGUUUAAGAGCAAUAGAGAGAAUGUAG